AUGUCUCAACAAAGGCAAUUGCUCGAUAAAAUUAAGAGGAAGAAAUCCUCGGAUCAUCAACCUCGGAAUUUCAAAAACAAGAACGAAACCACAAAUGAAACUUCUUUCGGAGAUGUGGAUCCUCGUUUUGCCAUGAUGCAUAAUGAUCCCAAAUUCUUACCCGUUGAAAAAAGGACAGUGAUUAAUGAUCCACGUCUCUAUGAAAUUUUAGAUCCAUCCUUUACCAUGCUGAAAAAGUCUAGAGAUGCAUCAGGAAGAUUUAGAGAGCAAGCUAUCAAGAACACUCUCAAAGAUAUUUAUAAUUUUGAAAAGGAUCCGAUGGCUCUUAGAGUAGCUAAAUUGAAGCAAGCUAAAAAGGAAAUGGAAGAAGAAGAGGGUAAAGAGGACCAUGACAGCGAUUAUGACAGCGAUGAUUCCAUUGAAGGAGCCAAAGAAAUGCUCGGAAAGAACAAUUCCGACAACAAUUCUUCAUCCAGGAUCACUAAGGAAGAUAUCUUGGCUAGUGAUGAUGAGGAUGAAAAAGAAGAGGAUGAAGAAAUCAGUUUUGAUAAAUUUUUGGAAUCUCUAGAAGGAAGACCAGAAUUAGAAAAUGUUGAAUGGAAUGAAGAAUGGGAUGAUCCCUAUGAUUUUGAUGAUGAAGAUGCUACCAUUUUGAGAGCAGUGGGAACGAGUGUAGAUGAAGCAGAACCUGAAAUUUUGCAAGAGCAACAAGACUUGUGGGAUAAAUAUGUCGAAGACCAAAAGGAUAUUAAAAUGAUUGAAGAUGGCAAUGAAACAAAGAGAUUUGCAGUGAUGAAUUGCGAUUGGAAUCUUGUAGACAGUUCAGAUCUCUAUGUUUUAUUUUCUUCAAUGGCACCAAGCUCUGGAAGAGUAAUCUCAGUAACAGUUUAUUUAUCAGACUUUGGUAAACAACAACUCGAAUAUGAGGCUAUUCAUGGACCUGGAAGCUUGCACUACACAGAAGAAGAAAAACAAAAGGAAGAAGAGCUCAAGAAAAAAAUUAAAGAAGCAAAGGAAGACAAUAGAAAAAAUCGUCUCGUGAAAAGAAGAGGCAAAAAGAAUAGUGAAGAUGUCAAACUAACUCAAACUGUAGAAGAAGCUGAGGGAGAUACAUCCAUGUUAGAUCCAGUGAAGGUUAGAGAAUAUGAAUUGAGAAAGAUGAAAUACUAUUUUGCAGUGGUUGAAUGUGACAGCGUUCAAACAGCUGUAUAUUUAUACAACGAAUGUGAUGGCUUUGAAUUUGAAUCCACCUCUGUCGUUUUGGAUUUAAGAUUUAUUCCUGAUGAUAUUUCGUUUGAAAAAAGACAAGUCAAAAAUCAAUGCACAUCCAUGCCAGCAGAUUAUACACCAAAGCAAAAUAUAUAUUCUAAAGCAUUGAAAUCUUCUUCAAUUGAUUUAACAUGGGAUGCUGACGAUCCAGAAAGAGAAAUUCUUAAGAAAGACUUUAAAGAUAUUAAUGAGGAGGCCCUUAUGAAAUUUAUUGCCAACUCAGAUGACGAGUCGAGCUCUUCUUCCUCUGAAGAAGAAAAUGAUGAAGAAACUCCAAAAGAUAUUAAAGAAGAUGAAGAAGACAAGCGUAGAAGAAAACAGGAAAAGAGGGAAAAGAAAAAAGAACAAAAGAAGAAAUACAAAGAUUUAUUAAAAUAUGCCAUGAAGAAAGAAAAAGAAAAGGAGCAACUAUUAAAUGGUGACGCUUCUCAAAAUAUGGAAUUCGUUUUGCACGAGGGCUUGAAAGAUACUAUUCAAAAGGAAGUGGUCAACAAACAGAAAGAAAAAGAGAAAGUUGAAAAUGAGACAUGGUGGGAAACCGCAGAAAGAAGAAGAAAGGAAAAGAAAAAACAACAAAGAAAAGAGCGUUUGAAGAAAAUCUUGAAUUCUGAUGGUACCACUCCUGGAGAAGAUGAAGAUGGGGAGUCUAUCGAUGAGGAUGACUUGUUGGCUGAACAAAAGUUGAAGGAGAGAGAAAAGGAACGACAAAAGAAAAAGGAAGAAGAGGAAGAAAAGAGAAAACAAACUUUGGAAAUUAUCAUGGCUGAUUACAAUGCAGAAAAAGGAUUCGAUAUUAAGCGUGACACAGAUAAGGAACGAUCAAGACGAAGAAACAAAAAUCCAACUUCUUCAAAGAAGGGUACCAAAGCUGAAGAAGCUCCCUUAAUCAUUGGAGAUGAAAGAUUUGGUGAUGUUUUACUUGAUCCUGACUUCCAUCUUGACCAAACUCACCCUAAAUAUAAGAAAACAGAGAUUACAGCAAAGAUCAUGGAAAAAAGAAGGGAAGAAAGUUUAAAAAGACAAGAAAAGGAGGAAUCAUUUUAUGCCAACCAGCUCAAAUCCAAGAAACGAAAGCUGUAA